GCCGUUACCAUGGAGAGGCACAAGAGAGAAACAGACGGAGCAAAAAUGGAAACUGGGAAAGAAGAAAAGAAGACUACAAUAAAAACCAAUAAGCAGGAAAACGAGAAAACGCGCGGAAACGCAGAGCUGCCUCAUACAGCGGAGGAAAGAGAGAAAGGGAAGUUAGCGAGCUGUUUGUGGGACGUGGGACAGAAACAAACAGACCUGCAGGAUGAGCAGCCCGACAAUGACGACAUUCAUGAAUACCCUACAUUUUUAAAUUUAAUCGUACAGAGAUAUGAAGGGAAGACCUGUGAAGACCAGCUUCAUGGAGAAGGGGUGGCUAGUUUUGAAGGAGGUCAUAGUUACGAGGGGAUGUUUUCCAAGGGACUUAUGGACGGACGUGGUGUCUUCACAGGAGCAGACGGAUUGAAAUAUGAGGGAGAAUUUGUGUGCAACAUGCCCAUGGGCAAGGGCACCUACACCUGGCCAGAUGGCAGCUCCUAUAAAGGGGAAGUGUACAACGGUAUACGACAUGGGACUGGAACUUACACAUGGCAUGGUGUGUCCUACACAGGGCAGUGGGAUCAGGCCAAGAGGCACGGCAAGGGUGCAGUGUAUUAUAACCAGGAUAGGACCUCUUGGUACAAAGGAGAUUGGGUGAGGAACACCAGAGAGGGAUGGGGAGUAAGACGCUACCCCUCUGGAAACAUUUACUCCGGUGAGUGGAAGAACAACCUGAGACAUGGAGAGGGCACGAUGAGGUGGCUGAAACUGGGACAGCAGUAUGUUGGGAUGUGGCAGAAUGGAGUCCAACAUGGACGAGGCACACAUGUGUGGGUCAUGAGGCGAGCGGAUGGAUCUCAGUAUUCCCAGAGCAAUCGGUACACAGGGGAUUUCGUUCAGGGUCAGAGGCACGGGCCGGGAACCUUAUACUACGCUAGUGGUGCGAUCUAUGAAGAAGAAUGGAGAAGGGAUGAAAAACAUGGCAAGGCAAAAUUCACUUUUGAGGAUGGGCAUGUUGUUGAAGGGGAGUUUGUGGACGACCAGAUGAUGGCACACAUCCUGAACGGUAACAACGCUCCCACUGCUCUGCCUGGUUCGUCCAUCUUAAGGACAGACAUGCCUCUGAACAUUGAACGUCUUCUGGAGAAAAUCCCAGAGAGAAAGCGCGGCAGUGAGCUCAAACAGGUGGAGUUUGUGGUGCUGAGGCACGUGGCAGCGCUGAGGUCUGUCUAUAGUUUCUACAGCAGACUUGGCCAUGCCCACUCCCCAGAUAACACCUUCCUGCUGUCCAGCCUGCAGUUCUGGCGCCUGCUCAAAGACUGUAACAUCCACCAUCACGGCAUCACUCUGAUGCAGAUGGACCAUUUCAUCAGAGAGGAUGCUACGCCAGCAGAAGUCCACUCUCCUUUCACUUCCAUUCUUCUGCAUAGGCUCCUCAGCUGUCUAGUGAUUGUGGCCUACCACAUCUACCAUAAGGACGUGGUGUCACAAAACAACCUUCUGGCAGCCUGCUUUUCUAAACUGAUGACGGACAACAUCCUUCCUAAUUCUAAGAACGUAAAAGGCUUCCUGUUCAGGCAGCCAGACUGUGCCGUGGUGGCUAUGAGCUACUCAAAGAAGUGCUGGGAAGUUUACCAGGCUUACUGCAAAGUCAAUGUAACCCCAGGAGAUGACCAGACCAUGACCUACCACCAGCUGCUGUGGAUGUUCAAGGAUCUCCAUCUGCUGGACACUAACCUGACCACAGCGAGAUUACUGCAGGUCAUCACUGCAGAAAGCCGUGACCCCGGCAACCUGUCCGCCUGUCUGGAUCUGGAGGUCGGCCUGAAGUUGACAUUCAUCUACUUACCCUUUGUUGUGUGUCUUCCUAUCCCUCUCUGUAUCACGUUUGUUGUUGUCCCGCUUCAGAUUACAUUCCUGGAGUUUUUCGAGGUACUUCUGGGCUCUGCUGAGGUGAAGUGUCAGCGGGUUUCUGAAGGCCUGGAGGAGGGCCAGUCAGCAUCCAGCCCCGACGCUGAGGCCAUGAGGGAUGUACCUGAGACAGGGAAGUCAAGUGAUACAGCAGAUUUAUCCACUGCUCAGGACGUGCUGAGUCAACAGGAUGUCAAGACUGAAGUCACUGAGAAACCUCAGUCUGCAGAGCAAAGACGUGACGAAAAAGGCAUGCUAACCAGAGGAACUAAAGUGGAGCUCUGGAACCAGACGAUCCAUCAAUUCUUCAACCACUUCUUCUUCCCGGCUUUGGAACAUAACCAGUUGGUGUCCAGAAACAUGGAGGAGGACCGCCGUCAAGAGGCCCAGAGACUUACUGCUCUGGCAGAGAGACAGGUAGAGGGAGGGCAUCAGGAGGCUGAUGAAUGACACGAGAUGCAGCAGACAAACCCGAUGCAGCAGGCUUUUCUGUACCCGGUCUAUCCACAGAGUCCAAAAACAAACCAAUGGCUUUAAAUACAGUGACUGAUAAAAACAUUGAAUGUACUGCCGAUUUGUGCUUGGAUGUAAAUGAAGACUAUUGUUCAAUACUUUGUUGUAAAUAUAACUUUAAUUGUAUAACAAUACUAUUUUCCAUAUAAAAGUCAGAAUCACUCAAAGAUUUUUCUUUUCCAAUCAGAGUAAAAAAAAGUAGUUAAUAUAUGCAAAAACUAAAAGCACAAGACAAUCUCUAGGCUACAUAUCAGAGCGGAGGUGUGAAGACCAUGAGGUCACUUGGCCAGACAGACUGGCGUAUCCGGUCCUUCAGCUCCGGGGUGUAGAGGAGCAUGGCAGACUCGGCUGUCUGGGACUGAGAAACGCA